GUCAAUCUAUAUACAAUUAUUGUAUAAUCACUAAAGAGCAUAAAGAAUAUCUUUGGUCUUCAAAAAAUUAUUCCAGUGUACCUUAUCAUACUGGUCAAUUUCUUGGUGAAGAAAUUAUUAAUGUUGUUGAAGAUAUUGGUCCUGAAAAAAUAGCCGUUAUUGUAUCUGAUAAUGCAGCUAAUAUUCAUGUUGCAUGA